UUUCUCUUCUCUCACUAUUCAUUUCAUCAUCAUCAGCUGCAUGCCAAACUUCUGCAGCUGCCCGGGCAUCCGUGGAGUGAUCUUUCCCUCCUGCCUCUCGCUUCUUCUCUCCCCUCACCUUCCUCAAUCUCUCUCUCUCUCUCUCUCUCUCUCUCUCUUCCUUGGGCCAGAUGCCAGAACGCGUGCAAAAUUUUCUCUCUCUCUUGAACACUUCGUAGCCACCAUCACCAUCUUCGGUUUGAUCUCUAAUAUUUGCAAAGUUCCGUUUUUUGUGUCCUAGAUUGUCGCUUGUGGUCUAAACUGAGAUGCCCAUUUUGCUCUCUUGAUGAUUCCCUUAGUUAACUCAGUCAGAGCUGUAUCUUGGUGCCUCCUGGUUCUUUCAGGCUUGGAUCUUAGUUUCCUUGGCUUCGUUUCUUAUCUGCUUGCAGAUCUUCAAACCGUAGCAUUUACUGAGUUCUGUUCUGUUUUCUCUAGUUCCCUUUUCUUCUUUGGCAGAGUUCUGUGAGUUUGAGCUGAAAAAUCCAUGGGGGCUUUUUUCUGUUAAAUCAAUUUGUGUAAUUUUUUUUUUUUUAUAAUAUAUACCUGGAUUAGAUGGAAAAUUACCCCUUUGGUUGUUUCCGACGGUGGUGAUUUUGAAGGGCAAAUAAAUCUGUUGAUGAUGAUACAUUGAAGACUACUAACUUCUUUUUGGUCCAUCUAUGGCUAUGGAACUAGGGUUCUUGUUUUUCUUCUAGAUGAUCGGACAAUUUUUGUGGACUUUAGUCUGUUUCUGUGAAAUAGCAAGUUGUUGUUUGUUUCAGUUAUCCUACUUUCCGGACAGGGAAAAUCAUUAGUGUCCCUUUUUUAGGUUAUAAUGUGUUCAUAUAGUCUAGCUAUCUUCCCUUAGUAUUACAAGAUUCUUACUUCUUAGGAAAUUAGUAUCAACAGUGUCGAUUAAACCUAUUGCAAGUUCUACCGCGUUUUUGUGUUAUGUAAAUAAGUAUCAUUGUGGCUUUCCGGUGUGCUGCAAAACCCCUCUUGGUGCUCUAUCAUGGCUGGCAUUGAUCACAGUUUUGUAGAGUGGAAAGAACAAUUCAUUUCGCAGGAGCGGGGUAACCGUGUAGUUCAUUAUUUCUUGAAGGAUUCUUCGGGUGAAUCCAUCCUUGCAGUGGUGGGCACUGAGAGGAGUGUUAGGCACAUGUUCUAUGUUGUUUCAGAGGAGUUUGUGAAAGUUUAUGGUGACAAAAAUUCCAUUCAUGCUGGUUUCAAGUGGAGGUCGAGGAGAGAGGUUGUGGAUUGGCUUACUUCUAUGCUAUCAAAACAGCAUAUGCAGGGCGAUCAGUCCAAUUUGCCAAAAGGGGAUACAGUGCAAUCAGUAGAGUCUUUUGAGUGCCCAAUGAAUGGGGUCCUCACUCAACAAACUCGACUGGCAGAUAAUAUGGGUCGUCUUCCACGAAAAUUGAAUGGACAUAAUUCAGAAAUUGUCUGGUCAGGCACUCCGUGGAUGUGUAGUAAACAACUCAAGCAUUACCCUGCAUUUUGCAGAAAUGGGACAAAAAUAGCGGUAAGAAUCUACUAA